GUGAAGUGACGAACGGGGAUUUGAUGUUUCUGCUAGCGAGCAGGGAAGGACGUAGCGUGAACGAAAACAAUGAAACCAAUGACCGACCGAAUCGUGCGGUGCGUCAGUGCUUGUCACAAAUAACUAAUUUCAAUAUAAUAAAAAAGAUUAAACCAAAUAUUGGUGGUGACUGCCAUUAAAAUGUCUGAAGAGAGUGACGAAACAGAAAUGACAGGACAUCAUGAAGAAUUUGACUUUGCUCUCAGCGAUGAAUACAAGAUUAACGAGUUGAAGUUGGAGGUAGAAGAACUGAAAAAGGAGCUGACCCGUAGGAAGCAGAGGGAGAUGCACUUAAUGUGGCAUUGUAUGAUGUACCGUAUUGCAUUGAGAUAUGCACCUGGAGGUUCCAGCACUCUGAGGGACACUCUUGAUGCUUUCCAUGAGAACCCGCAAAGGUUCCACUCCUGUUGUUGCUGUGAAACGGAGGACCUCACCAAAUUAGUUAAAGCUCAACGAUCAGAAAAUACUGGACAGGAGAAAUCAAGCAAAUCAACAAGUGAACUUGAUGAUUAUGAUUGUUCCAACUGCAAGAACGACUCUUUAAUUAUGCAACUUAACGAAAGUGUGUAACCCCCUCUAUUUUUUUAAAAUAAAUUUCUGCUUUGUAAUGUCAGUGGUUUCAAGCUAGAAU